CAGUCGGGUCCCUGUCGGCUGGCCUCCUGCAGAGGAGAACUUGCACCCUCUCCUCCGCCCGCAGCUGCUCCGGCGAACCACCGCGACACUAUGGAUACCGGAGACUGUCCCUUCCGCAAGAAACGGAGACCGUGGCGCAUGGACUUCUCAUCCUUCGCCGUGAUCACCGUGAUGCUCGUCGUGUGCCAAACGACUGUGACUCGGGCAGACCCGGUGGACGUUCUGCGGGCUCUGCAGGUUCACUCGCUGCCCGAGGGCGUGAAGAAGGUUCCGGGCUUCUGCUCGUCCCGCCGCUCCGGCAGCCCCGACCACGCCUACCGCAUCUCCAAGAAGGCCCAGAUCUCGGCCCCCACCAAGCAGCUGUUCUCCGGCCGAUUCCCGGAGAACUUCUCCAUCAUGGCGCUGGUGAAGGCCCAGGCCGGCCUCCAGGCCUUCCUCCUGUCCAUCUACAGCGAGCAGGGCAUCCAGCAGCUGGGCGUGGAGAUGGGUCGCUCCCCGGUGUUCCUGUACGAGGACCAGCACGGCAAGCCGGCCCCCGAGGACUACCCGCUGUUCAGAGGCGUCAACCUGGCUGAUGGCAAGUGGCACCGCAUCGCCAUCUCCGUGUCCAAGAAGAACGUGACUCUGCUGCUGGACUGCAAGAAGAAGAUGACCCGCCCCCUGCCGCGCGGCAACAACGCCGCCGUGGACACCAACGGCAUCACGGUGUUCGGAGCGCGCCUGCUCGACGAGGAGGUGUUCCAGGGAGACAUCCAGCAACUGCUGAUCGCCUCCAACGCCCAGGCCGCCUACGACUUCUGUGAGCACUACAGCCCCGACUGUGACUCCCCGCUGCCCAAGACCCAGGCCCAGGACCCCAACACAUACGAUGUAAACACUGAAUAUUCCGAGGCUGGCCACACCCCGACAGAGACUGAUUAUUACUAUGAGGAGACGGUGCCAGAGGGUGAGGUGAUUGGACAAGAAGAGAUCCCUGAGCAGCCCCAGGUGGAGACGGCGUUGGCGGGCGAGGAGGUAGAGGCCGCCAAGGCAGGCGGUGUGGGCGAGGAGGCCUUCACCGAGGAGUAUGUGACUGGGGACGUGGGCCUUAAGGAGUACGACUAUUCCUACAGGGACUACAAUGAGCCAAUGCCGGAGACCGGGGAGGUCGAUGCCAACAUGGGCCCCGCCCUGUCCGCCGUGAGGGACGAGGGAGGCACCGCCGUCAGAGGCCAGAAGGGAGAGAAAGGAGACCCGGCUGUCCUGGAGCCUGGCAUGCUGAUCGAAGGACUUCCGGGACACGAGGGACCUGCUGGCCCUGCUGGCCCUCCCGGCUCCUCCGGACCCCCUGGCUCUGCCGGGGACGCCGGCGAGAGGGGCCCCACUGGUAGAGCCGGUCUGGCUGGAGCUGAUGGAGUCCCUGGACCUCCUGGAACCUCCGUCAUGCUGCCUUUCCGUUUCGGUCAGAGUGGAGGAGACAAGGGACCUUCUGUUUCUGCUCAGGAAGCUCAGGCAGCGGCCAUCUUGUCUCAGGCCAGGAUGGCUCUGAAAGGACCUCCUGGACCAAUGGGAUUCACUGGGCGCCCCGGACCUCUGGGAAAUCCCGGUAGUAAUGGUCUGAAUGGAGAGACCGGAGACCCCGGUCCUCAGGGCUCCAGGGGACCUCAGGGUACGAUGGGUCCUCAAGGAAAAUCAGGAAGAAGAGGCCGUGCCGGGGCCAAUGGGUCCAGAGGCAUGCCAGGGGAGUCUGGAACCAAGGGCGACCGUGGUUUUGACGGCCUUCCUGGUUUACCCGGCGACAAAGGACACAGGGGUGACUCGGGACCGCUGGGACCCCCCGGCUUCCAAGGGGAGGACGGAGAGAGGGGAGACGACGGAGAGGUUGGACCCAGAGGUCUCCCAGGUGAAUCAGGUCCUCGUGGUUUGCUGGGACCCAAAGGUCCUCCUGGAAUCUCUGGACCUCCUGGCGUACGAGGGAAUGACGGGCCCCACGGUCCCAAGGGAAACCUGGGUCCCCAAGGAGAGCCAGGACCUCCAGGUCAGCAGGGAACCUCAGGAACUCAGGGAAUGGCAGGACCUCAAGGAGCCCUCGGACCCCCGGGAGAGAAGGGUCCCACAGGGAAACCAGGUCUACCAGGAAUGCCGGGAGCCGACGGCCCUCCAGGCCACCCAGGGAAGGAGGGGCCUUCUGGCACCAAAGGAAACCUGGGUCCUAACGGCCCUCAGGGUUCUCUCGGCUAUCCCGGCCCCCGAGGCAUCAAGGGAGGUCAAGGAAUCCGUGGACUGAAGGGCCACAAGGGGGAGAAGGGAGAAGAUGGUUUCCCUGGAAUUAAGGGAGAUUUUGGUGUCAAGGGAGAGAGGGGCGAGCUUGGAGUGUCAGGGCCCAGAGGAGAGGACGGCCCCGAGGGGCCAAAGGGUCGCUUCGGACCCCCCGGUGAGCUCGGACCACUCGGACUGGUUGGAGAGAAGGGUAAACUUGGUGUUCCUGGACUUCCUGGAUAUCCCGGGAGACAAGGACCGAAGGGAUCUCUUGGAUUCCCAGGAUUCCCCGGCACCAACGGCGAGAAGGGAACGAGGGGUCUUGGUGGCAAAUCAGGACCAAGAGGACAAAGAGGACCAACGGGUCCCCGAGGCCAGAGAGGACCGAGGGGCUCGACGGGGAAAUCCGGCGCAAAGGGAACUUCAGGAAGUGACGGCCCUCAUGGUCCUCUUGGGGAGAGGGGAUUGCCCGGACCUCAGGGAGCUCAUGGUUUCCCCGGACCAAAGGGACCUCCGGGACCACCAGGAAAAGACGGGCUGCCUGGACACCCUGGCCAGAGAGGAGAAGUUGGUUUCCAAGGUAAAAUGGGUCCACCUGGACCUCCUGGAGUCGUCGGACCUCAGGGUCCAUCAGGAGAGACCGGCCCCAUCGGCGAGCGUGGCCACCCCGGACCCUCAGGUCCACCUGGAGAGCAGGGACUCUCUGGUCCCUCAGGGAAGGAGGGCACCAAGGGAGACCCUGGACCCUCCGGAGGCCCCGGCAAAAACGGGCCCCCAGGACUGAGAGGCUUCCCCGGGGAGAGAGGCCUUCCUGGAACCCCUGGAGGUGGAGGACUGAAGGGAAGUGAAGGACCUGCCGGACCUCCUGGACCCGCUGGGUCUCCUGGUGAGAGGGGGCUAGCUGGUACUGCUGGACCUGUUGGACCUCCUGGAAGACCAGGGCCUCAGGGUCCUCCUGGAUCAUCUGGAGAGAAGGGAGUUCUUGGGGAGAAAGGUCCUAUCGGCUUGGCCGGUCGGGAUGGAGUUCAGGGUCCCGUGGGUCUACCUGGCCCUGCCGGAUCACCUGGAGUACCCGGAGAGGACGGAGACAAGGGCGAGGUCGGAGAGCACGGGCAGAAGGGCGGCAAGGGAGGAAAAGGAGAGCACGGUCCUCCGGGUCCACCAGGGCCCAUGGGGCCAGUCGGUCAGCCUGGACCUGCUGGUGCUGAUGGAGAGCUCGGACCGAGAGGCCAGCAGGGGCCAUUUGGAGCUAAAGGUGACGAAGGAACCAGAGGAUUCCCAGGAGCCCCGGGACCCAUCGGACUGCAGGGGUUGCCAGGACCACCAGGUGAGAAGGGCGAGACAGGAGAUGUUGGACCUCUGGGUCCUCCAGGUCCCCCAGGACCCCGUGGCCCCGCUGGAUCCAGUGGUGCUGACGGUCCUCAAGGUCCUCACGGUGGUUUGGGUAAUCCUGGACUUAUUGGAGAGAAGGGAGAACCUGGGGAGGGCGGACCACCUGGAAUCGUAGGGGAGGCGGGAAAGAAGGGUCCUCGUGGAGAGCACGGAGAGAAGGGAGAAUCCGGACAACCUGGAACUGCUGGACCUGCUGGAGGACGAGGAGGACCUGGAGAUGACGGACCCAAAGGAAACCCUGGUCCAGUUGGUUUCCCUGGUGAUCCUGGUCCCACUGGCGAGGUCGGACCCAGAGGUCUCGAUGGCGCCAAGGGAGAGAGAGGAGAAGAUGGUGAACAAGGAGAAUCUGGCUCCCCCGGACCUUCUGGUGAGAACGGACCCCCCGGCCCCCUAGGAAAGAGGGGCCCUGCUGGAACAAGAGGACCCGAGGGACGUCAAGGAGGAAAGGGAACCAAGGGAAACUCGGGUGCUGUCGGCCCCCCAGGAAAGACCGGCCCCGUCGGCCUCCAGGGUCAACCAGGAAAGCCAGGAACAGAAGGCCUCAGAGGACUCCCGGGAUCAGUGGGUGAACAAGGAUCUCCAGGACUUGCUGGACAGAAAGGACCAUCUGGACCCCUUGGACCUCCUGGUUUGCCCGGUCUGCGUGGAGACCCCGGUGGUAAGGGAGAGAAGGGCCACCCGGGUCUCAUCGGUCUCAUUGGACCCCCAGGAGAGCAGGGAGAGAAGGGAGACAGAGGUUUCCCCGGGCCUCAAGGAUCCUUUGGAUCUAAAGGAGAUUCUGGAAUGUCUGGAGGCACCGGACCCCUCGGCCCCGCUGGUCCUCCUGGUCUGCCUGGUCCUCAAGGUGUCAAGGGAGCGAAGGGCUCUUCUGGUGGAUCUGGUCCAAAGGGAGAAAAGGGUGUACAAGGACCUGCUGGACCUCCUGGCCCACCAGGCGAGGUCAUUCAGCCGCUGCCCAUCCAGAGGAGUCCCAAGUCCAAGCGCUCCAUCGACGCCAGCCAGCUGCUCCCCGACUCCGAAAUGCCCGCGUCCGACGGCACCGGCACCGAGUUCCUGAUCGGCACCGAAGGCAUGGAGGAGAUCUUCGGCUCGCUCAACUCACUGCGACAGGAGAUCGAGACCAUGCGUUUCCCUCUUGGCACCCAGGACAGCCCUGCACGCACCUGCCAAGACCUGCACCUCAGCAAGCCUGACCUCAAAGACGGAGAAUACUGGAUUGACCCCAACCAGGGCUGCUCCAGAGACUCCUUCAAGGUCUUCUGUAAUUUCACCAGCGGAGCAGAGACCUGCCUGUAUCCCAGCAAGAACAUCAACACGGUGAAGAUGAGUUCCUGGGAUGGCGAGACUCCUGGAUCCUGGUACAGCCAGUUCACCACUGGCAGUAAGUUCUCCUACGUGGACUCUACCGGUGAGCCCGUGGGCGUGGUCCAGCUGGGCUUCCUGCGUCUCCUCAGCGUCCAGGCCCGCCAGAACCUCACCUACCACUGCCACCGCUCCGUGGCCUGGGCCGACCGCAGCGCCAAGAACAACUACAACAGGGCGCUGCACCUCCAGGGGGCCAACGGCGAGAAGCUGAGCUACGAGACCAACCCGUACAUCAAGGCCUUGGUCGACGGCUGCUCUUAUCGUAAGGGCUUCGACAGGACAGUCCUGGAGGUCAACACACCUCAGGUGGAGCAUCUCCCUCUGCUGGAUAUCAAGGUGUCAGACUUUGGGGAGAGAAACCAGCAGUUUGGCUUUGAAGUGGGACCUGUCUGUUUCCAAGGCUAAAACACACACACGCGCACACACACACACACACUCAUACAUCCACGCAUCAUGCAAAGAAACAACACAUGCAAAUACUCACACGCACACACAUGCACUUAGAGACACACCGAUAUAUAUGUAAGAAACAUACACGCCCAGUAAUUUGUAAAUGAACUUGUAAAUGAUAUGAAACACACACGCACACAAACCCAAGGAUACACACACACACACACACACAUUUACACACGCAGAUGCUUUUUGUGAGACAGACACUCACUCUCAAGCACGUGCCUGGGGGAAGAGACAUCCUCCCAACAAUUAACGGACGUCACCAAAGAAAAAAAAGAAAAGCAAAGAGGAGAGAGAGGACAAAAAGGAACUUGCGGCGAGGAGAAAGAAAGAAACCCAGGAGCGAGUUCUCUGGAAUAAAACGUGUUUUCUUGACCAGCAGCGAAAGGGGCCGGCCUGGGAAAUAGGCCACGCCCCCCCCGUCUCUGAUACCCCCCCCCCUCUCACUCGUCUCUCCUCCCCACCGUCUCUCUUGUAUCUUCCACUCAUCUCGCCUGCUCUACCUCCCCCCACCUCUUCUCAAACAUCGAUCACGCUUGGACACUCUUUCCGUUUCUUGUUCACACUGCGGGCAACAUGGCCGACAGUCACCCUCUCAUUGGCCAAUCACCCUCAAAUGGCCGACAGUCACCCUCUCAUUGGCCGACAGGUUCGUUAGCCAGUGGCUUUGGGCCGCCGUCGUCAUUCAGAUGAAAGGCUGUUCAGAAUGGACUUUCACCUGCUCUGCACUUUGAAGUCCUGACAUCCAACCAGACGAGUAGAACCUCGUCAGCGAGUUCUGUAGGAACCGACUGGUCAGUCGUGUUGUUCCCGUUUCCUUCUCGUUUCCUUCUCUCUCGACACUAGAUGAUCUCUCCUCAGUCCGAGAGCUUGUUCGCUUGUCACCGCUGAACAAACCCUGCAGCCAGGUGGGACGGCAGAUCCUGGAUCAGUGAAUUUAAAAGAAGCCAUUCCUCUUCUCUGUGAGCUGUGCUGAGCUCCACGCGGUGAUGCUCGGUGGGACCGGAUCCUUUUCUCUUUUUAAAAGGUGCUGAAGCUUCUUCUUCAGGUCACCAGGGGUCGCCUCCACGCACCAGUCCAGUAUCUGCUUGAGUCACUUUCUGGCUACUUUUGAUUGUUGAUUUCCAUCCCCCCCUUUUCCAUACAGCAGUGAAUAAAACGCAUGCUUUAUGAAAGAAACUAUUUCAUGAAGCUUUUUACUGGGGAAAAUGUGCAUUACAUUCCAUUUGUACAGAGAUAGUGAUAUUCUAUUGUAUUUAUUUAAAACAAACAGGGUGCUUUGAGAUUGAAUAAUACACGGACCGCCAAAUAUUCCAGUCAAAUGUGGUAUGUUCCAUUUGUAUUUAUUUCCUGUCGCUGACACUCGGAGGUCAAGUGGAGCGAGUGACUCUGGGACUUCUGUCCAGACUCCUUAUGUAGACCCAAAGAAUCUGAGGCCAUUUCUUAUUGUAACUUCCCCUCGUAGUGUUCCAACACCUGUACUGUGCUGUUCAAUGUUGCUUCCUCUGUCCUGAUUAAAUGGUGACUCUCCAGUUCUGGUGACUCUCCAGUUUCCUUGUCGUCGCCGUACUGUUUGACCUUCGAGGUUCGGGUUAACGGAAUUUAUAUCCGAGACCACCAAGAGGGAGGAGACGGCCACCGCGGGGUUAAAGGGAUGAACAUUGUUGUUGGUACACUGUGGCUGUGGGGUGAGGUCAGACUAGAGUCCUGUUUUUUAUUGUUUCUCUUUUUUAUGAUUACAAUAGCAGGGAAAUGGGGGCAGCGUGACUAAACCUCUACAAACAAAUAGAAAUAUCACAAAUCUGACCGUGAGAGUGACCUCAAAUAUGUGUCUGCUUUUAUGGCGCCGACAGCAAAACACAAACAUGGGGCUGGAAAGAGAGAAAAAAAGUAUUAUUUUAGAAUGUGUGUAAGUAAUUUCUUCUUUUUUUUUAUAAUUGUCUCUGUAAUAUAUAAUCUUCUAAAAAGAG